UGAGAAGUGAUUCCAUCGUAUAAGUUAUAUCUGAAUGUAUAUUGCUUCGAUUUAACAGAACAAUGAGUCAUCAUAUAAUAUUGCUGCACAAUUCAUAUUAUUUGAUAUAAGUGAAUUUGUAAUUGAAGAAAAGCCAACGUUAAUUACUGACGAAUAAAACAAAUAGUGUGGGAUUCGUGUUGGUCUCGAAGGUUCGAAUGUGCGAUAGUUUGAAAUGCUCUGUACGUUUCAAGUCAAUAUAAUUCGUAUGAAUGCUGGUUAUAAAUGUAAAUGAUAUCAUAAUAUCAUCGAGGGUAACAUAUGUCUGUCCUUAAUAUAUUUACAAAUGAGUUAUUUCUAUACAACACCUGAAAUCCUGAUAGCAUGUUGGAUACCUCUUGCAUCUUUAAAUGAAAUAUUUGUUUAUAAAUGUAUAUUUAUUUUAUAUACGUAGUUGAUAGAAAUCUAGACUGAAGUGUUAUACUGUUCAUCGGAAAAUAAUGUUUUAUCGAAGUGAGAUAAGAACAAUGUGUCAGUGUAGUUUCUGUUACUUAUUGUAGAUAUAUUUGGAAUUAUAACCUUCUAAAGGUUUCGGUCGGAAAAUGCGUAGAAGGAAAUUAAUGAUUUUAUAUUUUGCUGUAGUAACUUUAAAAUUGCUUUUAGGGACACAAUCAAAAUCUACUGAUGAUUCAAAACAAGAAACAUGGACUGGAACCACUAUAGAGAAACAAAUGACAUCUGAAAGAGAUACGAACGAUGCAGGUGAUGCCAACGCCAGACGAAUGAAAUAUCUAGAAAAAGCAUGCAGACAUUUAGGGUAUACGGACGAUAAUUAUACAAUAGCUAUUCGUGCACAUAUGUCUCCAAAUUACAGAUGUCUUUAUUGUCGUGUAAAUAAAUGCGCUUCUACUACGACUCUUGAAAUAAUGAGACAAAUUUUUAACUGUGAUACCGACUGUUUGGUCAAAAUGGCAUCUAUAGUUAGGUCAAGUGUGAAUGGAAGUAAAAUAAUGAAAGAUGCUUUUUCAUUUAUGGUGGUUCGUGAGCCGUACGGGCGGUUGUUUUCAACCUACUGUAAUAUCUUUUAUUUUCCGAAAGAAGACUGGAUUUACAGGGGAACUAAGAUUAUAAAAUUAUCAAGGUCAAAUAUUUCCUCCGAUAGUCUUAACUUUGGACACGACUUAACAUUUUCAGAGUUAAUAAAGUAUAUUGUUGAAUCAUUUGAAAACGGUCUCCGUUUAGAUGAACAUGUCAGACCGAUGCACCAUAAAUCAUGUAAUCCGUGUUUAUUCCAUUUUGAUUACAUCGCGCACUUAGAGACACUGAAUAAAGACUUUGAAUAUAUUUUAAAGACUAUCAACAAUAGAAAUAUAAUACAAAAUUACCCCGAAGACAUUGUGUCAUCUCUUAGGGAAUGGACUCUUUACGGACCUGUAAAGCAUUUAUUUCGAACCAUAUUGCUUUUAAAUGGAUCUAGUAUUUCACACUACAACAUAUUUCUUAGAGCAUGGAGUUAUUAUCAAAUAACAGGACAAGUUUCAAAAACCAUAGAUUUUCCAUACAGCAAGGAGGAUAUAAAAUUAAUUACGAAAGACGAAUUUCUUCGAGCAUUAAAAACUGCUAUUGAAUCGUCCAGAAGAGAAGGUAACGAUCUUAACAAACAGAGACAUGAAGCCAUGCUUCAAGCGUAUUCUACAGUCUCUCCUGAAUACAUGGAAAGAUUACGAAAAGUAGUAGCAACUGACUGUUUUUUGUUCAGUUAUGAAGAGAGACCAGAUUUUUUAUUUAACAGAAGAAGAUUGUUAUUAAAUAAAAGCUAUAAUACAUUUAACUUUUUCAAAGGUCUUUAGCUGAGACAACAAUAGUGUUUCCCUCCGACUUUGUGUAAUAGCAAUAAAGCAAUUACUCUACA